GAGGACCCCCAUGACAUGACCGCCCGGGCUGGUGAGGACUGGAGAUGGCUGUGCUCCUUCCGUGGCAGCGGAUCCCCUUCGUACUUCGAGAUCCAGUGGUGGUACGUGCGCACUCACAGAGACUGGACGGACAAGCAGAACUGGGCCUCCAACCAGCUAAAAGCAUCUCCACAGGAAGAACCCGGGAAGGAGGCGACGAAAAUAAGCGUCGUGAAAGUGGUCGGCAGUAACAUCUCCCACAAGCUGCGGCUCUCUCGGGUCAAACCGACGGAUGAAGGUACCUACGAGUGUCGCGUCAUCGACUUCAGCGACAGCAAAGCCCGCCACCACAAAGUGAAGGCCUACCUGCGGGUGGAACCAGAGGAGACCACCGAGCCCCACCGCCACAGCUCCCCCACCGGGCACCUGCAAGACACCCAGCAGCUGGGCCUGCAGCUCUCUGACCACAGCAAACUGAGCGGCUCCCACCCACACCACCCGCACCACAAGCCAGGCAAGGAGCUCAAGAAACGCUCUGUGGACGAUACGUCCUGUGCCCUCUAGACUGGGCUGCGUCCCGAGUUGUGGUACUGAAUGGCCUAAAUGGGGUUUCUCCCUCCUCCACCCCCACUCUUCCACACACACACACACACACACACACACACACACAUGCACACCCACCUGCCCCAUCCCACUGGGUGGUGGGAACAUGACACCCCAGUGGCCAGCCCGUAUUUGGGCCAAGUUGCUGAGGAACCGAUGUAAAAUGAAUGCCACAAACUAGAGUCACCCCGUCCGCAUGAACCUCAUUGUCAGCAUCCCUUCCACUCGGCCAUAUAGAUAUGUAUUUUUAACAUUCCUUCCUAACUAUGAAUUUCUCCCCUUGAAUGGACAAUGGGCUGCUUCCGGGACUCCGGAGACAAAACAGAGCCGCUCCAGGGUGGAUUUAAAUGGAGGGAGCCCAGUUGGCCGGGUUACACUGUCCUGCUGACUCUGCCUAUGUCCACAUGGGUAGGAGAGGGCAUCUUCCCCAAGGAACACAGCUGUGGGUGGCCCCCCUGGCACCUGCUUGGACUGUCGUCUCUGAUUGUCUUUUUGGAAGUAUUUAGGGUGUCCGAACAUGGGCCUGAGCUCACCUGCCUUGCUGUGAGGAGGUUUAAUUCAAAGCUGGACCUUCCCCCAGCUCUGGGGACACUUUAAGCCACACCUGGGGCUGACCCUCCUCACCUUUGUAUUGCUAGCUUCUUAUGCCAUUUGUGAACCCCACCCCCCACCCCAAUCCGGAGAUGCUCCACCUCUUGCUUUGUAAAAUGAGACGCCCGAGGGAUGCCGUUUAGACCACCCGUUUUAAUUCACUAGUAUCAAACUGUGUAACUAUGAAAUUGAUGACUGUAUAUUGUAAAUAUAACCGACUGUUUCUCCUUCCAGCAUUCCCAGGACACUGACCCAGUCCCCAUGAGUUUUCCAAGUGGCACCUCUUUGUAGUUGUGCGGAGAACCAGCAGGACGCAUUCUUGGGGGUGCUGGCCACUGGAAAUCCCAUCUCAAAAAAUAUGGAAGGCCACCAUUAUCAAACAGGUUGUCUCUUGCGACACCCAAAUUUGCACAGUGAUUUCACGCACUGCUGUGUUCUUUUUUAAAUGCUCCACUCCAAUCUGUGUCCCCGGUACUAUUCUAGAGCGAUGCUGCAAUCUGGUACUAGAGCACAAUAAUAUGGGGACGAUUUGCCAGCCGGAAAAGUUGAUGUGGAGCUCAGGUCCAAGAGCUGUCAAUCACCGG